AUGACCAAAAGUAUCGUGGUCAUGGUCUGCGCCUUCACAAAAUUCACGAUGGAAGAAGCAUUAUCAGACCAAAAGAGCGCAUAUGACCAAAGUAUCGUGGUCAUGGUCUGCGCCUUCACAAAAUUCACGAUGGAAGAAGCAUUAUCAGACCAAAGAGCGCAUAUGACCAAAAAUUCAAAUCUCGCCGAUCAUAUUUAUCGGUAGAAACCCUCGGCGCAAGUUUUACGUCAUUUUUUUCGACGUAAAAAUUCACGAGGCCUAAAAAAAUCCAAGUUUUUUUAAUAUUUUUCCAAACCUCGGAGCAUUUUUUUCUUCCGUUUUUUUGGCUAGAAUUUUUGCAAGAGUUGCAAAGAAUGACUUCUGAUUUUUUUAUUUUUCGAAAUAUUAGACAGAAAUCAAAUUUCUUCUCUUUUUUUCUUUUUUUCAGGUCAGAUUAAAUAUGAAAACCGGUACUAGAAUCAAAAAAAGAAUAUUAAGAAUGAGAAGGAGGGAUCCAGCUUUUUCCUAAGAGCUUCCUAGAAGAUAUUUAUUAGAAAUAGGAAAAAUUAUGAUAGAUGGUAAAAUAUGCAAUUAUUGGAUAAACCGAUGCAAAGGGUUCACUCAGACUGCAUUGGACCACUCCCACUGACCCUAGAAGGGAAACAAAAACAUCGUGCUGAGGGUCUGCGCAUUCACAAAAUUCACGAUGGAAGAAGCAUUAUCAGACCAAAGAGCGCAUAUGACCAAAGUAUCGUGGUCAUGGUCUGCGCCUUCACAAAAUUCACGAUGGAAGAAGCAUUAUCAGACCAAAGAGCGCAUAUGACCAAAAAAAAUUCAAAUCUCGCCGAGCAUAUUUUUCGGAAUUUUUUGUUUUUCAACUUCUCGGAGCUUCAUUUCCUUCGGAAAAGAACACGAGAAAAUAAAUUUCAGCUCUAUUUUAAAUAAGAUCUUCACCUCAUAAUUAAUUUUCCGACUAGUAAAUAAAACAAUUAUCUGGUGUUACAAUCGUAAAAUCGAAAGAUCACUCUCAUCUGUCUUUAUACAUAAAUUUUUCAGCUCGGAGCUUCAUUUUUAAUGAAAACGAACACGAGCAAUAGACAUUAUCUCUAAUCACCACUUGAACUAAUCUCAUCGUUUCAUCCCCACCCACAGUCAGAGAAACCGUCUUCUACUAAUAAAUAGAAUCCACUGAGCCACUACGUUGAAGAAGGGAAGGCUUAGGUCACAUCCGGAGGAAUUGUGACAGCGACGACCAAAAUAGCAGAGAUUUGGUCGAUCGAGCAAACGAAACUCCAUGCUUCGACCUCCCAAUCACGGCGCACAAAGAAAGAACUUGGAAAGGCCGCCAAGGCAAAACGGAAGUCCGCCCUAUCAUCCCACCUGGAGUGUUUCAACCAUUUCCGCAUCUUCUACCGGCACCUCAGGUCUUCUUCAGAAACAUUGGUCUACGAGAAGGAUCCUUCGUCCCAAUGUACGAGCAGAGACUGAAACAACUGGAACGAAAUAACGAAAAACUCCCGGAAACACUCGCCAAAAGAGGUAUCAUUGACACAGCGUUCGAAGGAAUCCAGAACAUGACCUCAAGCAUCGGAUCGUCAAUUUCGGGAAUAGUCGAAGGAGCGAAAAACAGAAUGGCAGACGGAGUCGAAAAUAUCAAGUGGGACAUCAUCAAGUUCCUACUCUGGGUCGGAACUCCGACUCUCAUCCUCACAUGCCAUCCGUGGCAUCUGCUGGUGCAAAUGCUAUUUUUGCAACAUAACUUCGUCGAAAGCUUCCGCAGCCAUCCUGAAAACCAUCGCCAACCAUCUGGAAGUCAACAACAUAGAGCUCGAAGAACCAGAGCCGGAAAUACCAGAACUAAGACCUUUACGCGAGAAGUUCUACUUGCCAGGAGUUUACGCAAUCUUGCCUACGGAAAGAAAUCACUUCCUACCUCACCUCUCGAUAAAACUGGAAGAAACUCACGUCAAUGCACUCGUAGAUACAGGAGCAUCUCAAGAACAUUGGUGUGAACCCAACAGAACUGACGACGCCACUAAUGGCAAGAACAGCGAACGGAUCGACAGUCUUCUUUCUGGGAGUCAUCACUCUCAACGUCACAGCGGGAAAUACCCGGAUCCAACACGCGUUCAAAAUCUCGAGAGACAAUGAUUGCCCCGCUCAAGCACUCCUCGGCAUCGACUUCAUCCAAGCCAUCGGACAAAUGACGUUCGACCUAAAGUCCAAUUGCCUCCAUAUCGGCGACGAGAAACUCCAAUUGAACAUGCUCAUAGCAAGCGAAGAUACGUCCAAGACCGACGUCGAACUGACAGCGAAACUGAUCCUGGAACCUAGAUCGGAAACGAUUACUGCGAGAACCCGCAACAACAAAGAAAGUGGAGAUUUGAAAACAACCUGAAGCCGUCCGACGACAUCUACGCCGUUGGCAGAUGCCUCGUCCGAACAGACGAAGAAGAAAAUUGCGUAGUCAAAAUCACUCUUCACACAGGGCCAAAGUCGGCCACGCAUCCAAAAUCUCCGAAGAAGAUACGAUCAACUCAAUCGGAGGAGCAGGACCAGGAUAUAAGAAGCGGACUGGGAACAGCGACUUCCCCUACCACCGCAGCCGACUCCCGCGGACUACGACGUCGCCAAUGA